AUGGCGCCUGUGAUUGGCCAGGGGGCGGGGCGGGGCGGGAGAGUGAGGAGCGAGCGCUGUGGUUGGCGAAGAGGGGAUCACGUGACGUUGCAGUCCUUUUUGGUGACGACUGUCGGGCGGGUAGCAGUGAGCGGUGGUGUCAGCAACCUGUUUUCAAACCCUUACCGGGUGAAGGAGGUGCACCUGUCAGAGUAUGUGGCUCUCACACGCCUGAGAGAGGACGACAGGGUGAUCCUGUACAAGAACAAAAACUCUCGCUCCUGGGACUGCUUGCUGGUGAACUCCCAGAGUCAUCUGGUCGCCUUUCGGCUCUUCCAGUUAGACAAUGAGACGGAAGCCGUUGAGUGCUUUGAGCAGUAUGCCAGGCGGCUGCGCCCCUUCUACGAGAGCUCACCACAACCCCUGCAGCUGGAGGUCCUCCAGCAACUGAGCGACUGUUUCCGUAACCACCCCCAUUGGUCCCUGGCGCAUGUGGCAGUGGAGACAGAGCUUCCGGGGAGUUUCCGACACAAUCGCAUCCUAAGCUGUGUGAACAGCACAGAAUGCGAGGAUGGCUGUACCCCACUGCAGCUCGCCUGCCGGAAGGGAAACAUGGAGUGUCUGUGUGAGCUGGUGGAGUGCCAUGCCCGGCUGGAUGUCACCGACAAAAAUGGGGAGACAGUCUUUCACUAUGCUGUCCGAGGGAGUAACCCUGAGAUCAUAAAGCUCCUGGGCAAAAAGCCAUCUGUUGGCUUGAACCACCUGAGCAAUCAGGGGCAGACGCCUCUGCACCUAGCCUGCCAGCUGGGCAAAGAGGAUGUGGUUCUCGCUCUACUGAAAUGCCAUGCCAAGUGCAACGUCAUGGGGACGCUGGGCUACCCCAUUCACACUGCCGUGAAGUACUCCCAGAAGGGGUGUGUGCAGGCCCUUCUUGAAGUGGAUGUCAAUCAAGUUCAGUUCAAGGACCCCCGCUACGGAGCAGCUGUGCUCCACUGGGCCAAAAACGCUGAGAUGACCCGGAUGCUGAUUGAGUAUGGCUGUGACGUGAAUUCUGUCAGCAAGACGGCAGACAUGGCUUUGCACAUCAUGGUCAAGCGGGGGCGCUUUGACAGUGCCAUGGUGCUGCUGACGCAUGGGGCUCUCACUAAUGCCAAGGGGCAGGAUGGCAACACCCCGUUGCACCUGGCCAUGAAGCAAGACCACCUGGAGACGAUCAAGGCCCUCAUUGUGUUUGGAGCAGAUGUUGAGAUCCCCAAUGAGUUUGGAGAGACCCCAGGGCUGGUGGCCGCCAGGACUAGCAAAGGUCCUAACCGGAAGGUGCUCUUAGGCCUGCUGCAAACGGUAGGGACGGAACGCUGCCACCCACCUAGCCCCGAAUCCCCCCACAUGGCAUCCGCAGCAUCACCACCGCUGUCCACCUCCCCGGAAAGACCACCGCUCCCACGGAACAACGGCCACAGUUUAGGUUAUGAGAGCAUCAUCCAUAUUUCCACCGCACUUGGCCACUUGCUGAAGACGCCGGAUGUCGUGGACUCUGCCAGCGAUGCAAAGAGAACGUACGAUCGCCUCCUGUGUCUGGAUGGAGGGGGCAUCCGGGGCCUGGUGCUCAUCCAGCUUCUCAUUGCUAUUGAGAAGGCUGCUGGCCGGCCAAUCAGUGAGCUCUUUGACUGGAUCGCAGGGACCAGCACAGGAGGGAUCCUGGCACUGGCCCUUGUACAUGGGAAGCCGGUGGACUACAUGCGCUGCCUGUACUUCCGCAUGAAGAAUGAGGUGUUCCGAGGGUCACGGCCAUACGAGUCGGAGCCCCUGAAUGAGUUCCUGAAGAGGGAAUUUGGAGAGCACACCAAAAUGACAGACGUCCAGAAACCCAAGGUCAUAGUAACAGGGACCCUGUGUGACCGGCAACCUGCUGAGCUCCACCUCUUCCGGAAUUACAAGGCGCCAGCGACGAAAAACAAGCCUGAUGUCAAGACAACAGACCCCUUCAGACCACUGACCAAACCAGAAGACCAGCUUGUGUGGCGGGCUGCCCGCUGCAGUGGUGCCGCCCCAACGUACUUCCGACCAAUCGGGCGUUUUUUGGAUGGCGGGCUGCUGGCCAAUAACCCCACCCUGGAUGCCAUGACCGAGAUCCAUGAGUACAACAAGUCCCUAAGCCAGAAGGGGCAGAGCCAGCAGGUGCGGAAAUUGGGAGUGGUGGUCUCCCUUGGGACGGGGAGGCCUCCGCAGGUCCCGGUGAGCUCCGUGGAUGUCUUCCGCCCCUCCAACCCUUGGGAGCUGGCCAAGACAGUCUUUGGGGCCAAAGAGCUGGGCAAGAUGGUGGUGGAUUGUUGCACUGAUGCGGAUGGCCCGGCCGUGGACCGUGCCAGGGCGUGGUGUGAGAUGACAGACACGCGCUAUUUCCGGUUCAGCCCACCGCUGCACUCUGACGUGAUGCUGGAUGAGGUGAAUGAUGCGAUCCUAGUGAACGCACUCUGGGAUACUCAGCUCUACAUCUGCCAAAAGCAGGAGCAGUUCAAGCAGCUGGUGCAGGAGCUCCUCACCCGAUGACUCUCUGGAAGACUCGAAGGCACCAGUGCCCAAUCCCGACAGUAGUGACUUAGGAAGUGGGCAAGGAGCAACAGCCUUUGUAGAAGGGCUGGACUAGGGAUUGUCCUUGCCAUCAGACUGAGACGUUGGUGAGAAGA